UGCAGAGGUUAUUGGGAUCUCCGCUGCUGCUGAUUCCUCCUUCCCUCUCCCAGUGCCCUGCAGUCAACAAAGGACAGAGGACGACAUGUCUGCAGUCACGGGCACCUUCCGCAUCGUCUCGGAGGAGGAGCAAGCCCUGCGCACUAAGCUGGAGCGCCUGACCACCAAGGACCACGGCCCUGUCUUUGGGAGGUGUGAGAAGAUCCCCCCACACACCCUGCAGAAGGCGAAGGAUGAGCUGAACGAGACGGAGGAGCAGAGGGGGGUGGCGGUGAAGGCGCUGCGGGAGCUGGUGCAGGAGCGGGCGGGCGGCGAGGAGGUUUGCAAGGCGGUGGCCGAGAAGGUGCAGGGGAAGGACGACUCUUUCUUCCUGCGCUUCAUCCGCGCCCGCAAGUUCGACGUGCACAGGGCCUAUGACUUGCUGAAAGGCUACGUGAACUUCCGCCAGCAGUACCCGGAGCUCUUCGACAACCUCACCCCCGAGGCCGUGCGCAGCACCAUCGAGGCCGGCUACCCCGGCAUCCUGGCCAGCAGGGACAAGUACGGCCGGGUGGUGAUGCUCUUCAACAUCGAGAACUGGGACUACGAGGAGAUCACCUUCGAUGAGAUCCUCCGUGCCUAUUGUGUUAUCUUGGAGAAGCUGCUGGAGAAUGAUGAGACCCAGAUCAAUGGGUUCUGUAUCAUUGAGAACUUCAAGGGCUUCACCAUGCAGCAGGCAUCAGGGAUCAAACCCUCCGAGCUCAAGAAGAUGGUGGACAUGCUCCAGGACUCCUUCCCAGCGAGGUUCAAGGCCGUCCACUUCAUCCACCAGCCUUGGUACUUCACCACCACCUACAACGUGGUCAAACCCUUCCUGAAAAGCAAACUGCUGGAGAGGGUCUUUGUGCACGGGGAGGAGCUGGAGUCCUUCUACCAGGAGAUCGAUGCUGACAUCUUGCCGGCAGACUUCGGGGGCACCCUGCCCAAGUACGACGGCAAAGCAACUGCAGAGAAGCUCUUUGGGCCCCGCAUCGAGGCUGAAGACACAGCUCUCUAGACCCGGGCUCGCUCCCCCUCCCCUGUGAAAUAGGCUCAGAGGUGGCCCCCUAACCCAAACCACCUCCUUACUGUAGCAUUGCUUGACUGGCUGCUCA